UGUUUUGUACCUACCUAUGCUGAAACACUUCCUACUUCCGAGGAUAAGACAAUGUCGAAGACAACGUUUGUGAAGCUGGACACGGCCGCCAGGAAGGACUGCUUCCUGCAGACGACACUGAGGGAUGAUGGGAAGGAAGGCUUCCAGCUGAUGGUCACGGAUGGAGAGAACAUCUGGAGUGGAGACUUGACGGAGGACAACAUCGACAGCCUGAGCAGCAAGGCCAAGAUGGACUACAACACCUACGUCGCCCAGACGGUCAAGGCAUUCACACAACAAAACCUGGCUGGGAUGCAGUUUGAAUUUCAGAUGAAGACAAGGGGAGAUGACUCCGUCGACUUUAUUUGGAAGAAGCAUGUGCCAGCCGAUGAAAUCAAGUUUCAGCUGGGCAGUGUGACUCUGUAUAUGAAGGAUGACCCUGCUCGGUGUAUACGUCAGAUAUUCCAGCAGAACAUCACCACCAACACCAGUCUACAGGAACGCAUCCGUUCCCUAGACACAGACAAUGAACGCCUGUCACGAGAGAGAGCCAUGGCCCUGAAGAGGCUGGACAAAUGUAUCACAGCGAAGGAGGAGAUGGAGAGAGAUCUGUACGAGAAGUUUGUAGCAGUUCUUAACAGCAAAAAAGAGAAAAUAAGAGCUUUGAAACAACAAAUAGAAGAUGGGGUCCCAUCAUCCUCCAGUGUUAAAGAUGAUGCCAGGCCUGGUAUGUCUGGAGUUGGGGAUGCUGGAGUAUCAGAUGAGUCCGAAAAUGAGGAUGUCACCAACAGCAUCAGCUCUACCUCCCGGGUGCCGAGAGGAAGUGUGGAUGAAGAGGAAAACACAGACGAAGAAUCUCAGCCCGCUCCAUCCAAACGCCGACGUCGGGCACCAGUAGGUCGGACCACAAAGAAAGAAGCAGAUUCCUCUCUUGUGUUAGAAGAUGAGCCCGAUAGAGCAGUUACGACAGUGGCAAGAAGACCCGCCCGGCAGAGAGGAGCCAACAAGAAACAAACACCAUCCAAACCAGUGCUCCCCAAAGUCACGUCCAAGCGGUCAGAUAGCGGCGGUUCCAGCGGGCCAGAGCGGAGAAGCAGCAUGAGGAAGAGCAGCUCCCACUCCUCAAACAGAUCCUCAGACCACCAAGACCCGGACGAUCUGUUUGCAGACCUUGAAUAAACAGGUCUUACAACAUUCAUUGCAGGGAUUAGUGAAAGAUUAACUGUCAGUGUGUUGAGGUCGGCAAUAUUACUACGUAUAUGAGUAUGUGAGAGUGUGGGUUGAAGUGAGAAAUAUUUCAGCUGUAGCAAGGCAGUUUGUAAAGAAUCCAGAUAACUAACCAUUGGCUGAACAACCUUCAAGGUAUGUUGAUAGACAAUCAACCAUCUCACAUCGUAUAUACAUAUGUAUUUACUUGUGAGCUUACUUACUUGAAGAUUCCGGGGUAGAAUAGGUCUUCGGCAACCCAUACUUGCCGUAAAAGGCAACUAUGCUUGUCGUAAAAGGCGACUAACGGGAUCGGGUGGUCAUGUCAUCCAUCUAAAUCGUGUGGAUCGAUGCUCAUGAUGUCAAUCACUGGAUUGUCUGGUCCAGACUCAAUUAUUUUACAGACCGCCGUCAUAUAGCUGGCAUAUUGCUGAGUGCAGCGUUAAACAACAAACAAACAAACAAACUGCUUCCACCCAUGCACAGACCAUAUACCGGUAUAUGGUCUCUGACCCAUGGUGCGAGUGAAAGGACUGCUGUACCUUCUUGUCAAGGUUGUGUGAUGAAUGAUAUCAACACCUAGUUUACCAACAUACUUCAUAGAUUUGUAAGAGCUGUUCUGUGAUGAAAACAUUUCCGUGUUAUCUGGUAAAUUCUUUAUCAAGUGCUUUUUAAAGUUAGAUGCGAGAAACUGCUUUGUAGGAAAGCAUACAGUAUUUAUGGUCGUACGAAGAUGGUUCUACCUGAUUGACCUCAGACUCACAUUUCUAUCUUUUUCUCCUUAAUAAGAAGUAGAAUAUCAUGAGAUAUCUGUUGGGGCUUGAGGACAAGAAUACUUUUUCCAUAUUCAAAGACAAUGCAUUUUGUUGAUGUGAUAUGUAUUUGGUGUUACAUAUAUUGAAAAACCCAGUAUCAUAUACAACCAGCCAUUCGGCCCUCCAUCCAACCUACCCAUCCAGCCCACCCAUCCGACCCUCCAUCCAACCUACCCAACUGACCCUCCAUCCACCCCACCUAUCUGACCCUCCAUCCAACCUAGCCAUCCACCCCACCCAUCUGACCCUCCAUCCAACCUACCCAUCCACCCCACCCAACGUACCCAUCAAACCUUCCAUCAAACCCUCCGUCCAAACUACCUGUCCGCCCCACCCAUCCACCCCACCCAUCCAACCCGCCAUCCAACCCACCCAACGUACCCAUCCACCCCGCCCAUCAGACCCUCCAUCUGACCUACCCAUCCACCCCACCCAUCAGACCAUCAAUCCAAACCCUCCAUCCAACCCAAGCAUGAAGCCCCAUCACUGACAUUAGUCUACAAAGGCAGCAUCUGUUUGUGUUAAGAUUCUUAAGGUGUGCAUGUCUAUGUUCUAGCUACCAUAUUGUGUGUAUUUGUACAUGUAGUGCUGUAGAAUAUUUUAGAUGUAGAAGAUUUUCAUAUACAACACUGUGAUGAUUGCGAUUGCUAAUGAAAUGAACUGAUACCAUUUAUUUCCCAUUCUUUAUAUGUGGUUGUUUUAGGAGAGAUUUUACAGCGUUGCUAUGGCAACCUGACCAGGGAUAAUAAAACUAUAAAACUGGA